AUGGGCCUCCUUACAAUUGCCACCUUGGCCAAUUGCUUACUCUUGACCGCAAGUGUUGCUCAAGCAGCUACAUCUGACCCCACGCAGCAGCUCGGAGGAAACAGCCCUUGGUUUCCAGGCCCCGAUGUCAACGACAUUCCUUACGAGGUGCCUGAUGGCUGCUCAGUGGACAUGGCCGCAUUUGUGUCUCGUCACGCCUCAAGAUAUCCAGACCCAGGCGCCUACAAUGGGUGGGUAGCACUCGCUGAAAAGAUUCAAGCUGCCCAAUUCACUGCCAUAGGAGAUUACAGCUUUAUCUCAUCGUGGAAGCCUGUACUUCGCAAUCCGGCUGUUGAGAUCUCAGACAUCUCCAUCGGAGGAUAUAAGGAGUUGUAUGACAUGGGUGUUGCUUAUCGCUGGAGAUAUCCUGACUUCUAUACCGAAAACACUCCUUUCUCGAUCUUUGCUAACCAAUACCCUGCUGCACCAAGAGUCGUUAACUCGGCAAGACUCUUCGCUAGAGGAUACUUAGGACCCAACUCUACUUACGGUGAUGUCUAUGUGCUCAAGUCCAAUAUCCCGGCAUCUAUCGCAAACUCUUUGGCUCCUUCAGACUCUUGUCCCACAUACAGCGACAACGGUGGUGGUGAUAACCUCACAACCUGGAACAACUUGUACCUGCCUGCUGUCACCAAACGCAUCAACAGCCACAUUCAUGGCAACCUUACUUUCACCGACUCCGACAUCACUAAUUUCCCAUACUUGUGCGGGUUUGAGACGCAGAUCACUGGCCGCAGAUCGCCAUGGUGUAACAUUUUCACUGACGACGAGCUUCGCAAAUACGAGUACGCACAGGACCUGCGCUACUACUAUGGUUCUGGUCCUGGCUCGGGCAAGAACUACACGCUGAUGCAACCCGUUCUCAACGCCAUCGUUCAGAGACUUGUCGAUGGUCCCAACAAGACAUAUGUCAACAGCAACGGCCAGUCAUGGACACCAGGUCCGCUCAUCCCCAUGUUCACCAACGAUGGUCAGAUCAACCAGCUUGCUUCCGAGAUUGGUGUCUUUGAUCAGCAGAAGCCUCUGCCCAGCACCAAGAUCCCCGACGACCAGCUCUACAUUGCCAGUCACUACGUAACCAUGCGUGGUACCAUCAACUUCGAGCGUCUGACUUGCUCAGACCAAAAAUACGUCCGCAUCACACUCAACGAUGCCGUCUAUCCCGUACCCUCUUGCCAAAGUGGUCCUGGAAAGUCUUGCCCGCUCGAAAGCUAUGUUGCACUGAUUGCUCAAAAGAGCAAGUCUCAAGGCACUUUCGUGCAGACAUGUGGUCUUACAAACUCGACUGCUCCUGCUGCAAAGACAAACACUGCCACCUUCUUGAUUGACAAUGCAUUGUCUUCGGAGUAUGUCGUGAAGCCUUAG